AAUGUAUGAAAACAUGUCCACAAUGGUGUAUUUAAAGGAAGAGAAGUUGGAGAAGCUUACUCAAGAUGAAAUCAUUGCCAAAACUAAGCAAGUGAUUAAUGGACUAGAGGCACUGAAGAAUGAACACAAUUCAAUUUUACAGAGCUUACUUGAAACACUGAAAUGUUUGAAGAAAGAUGAUGAAACUAAUCUGGUUGAAGAAAAAUCAAACAUGAUUCGAAAGUCACUGGAAAUGCUGGAGCUUGGCCUUAGUGAAGCACAGGUAAUGAUGGCCUUGUCAAAUCACUUAAAUGCAGUGGAAUCAGAGAAGCAGAAAUUGCGGGCUCAGGUUCGCCGGCUAUGCCAGGAGAAUCAGUGGCUACGGGAUGAACUAGCCAAUACCCAGCAGAAACUACAGAAAAGUGAGCAGUCUGUAGCUCAGCUGGAGGAAGAAAAGAAACAUCUAGAAUUCAUGAAUCAGUUAAAAAAAUACGAUGAUGAUAUUUCACCAUCAGAGGAUAAAGAUACGGAUUCCACCAAAGAGCCUUUGGAUGAUCUGUUUCCCAAUGAUGAAGAUGACCAAGGACAAGGAAUUCAACAGCAGCAUAGCAGUGCAGCAGCUGCUGCCCAGCAAGGUGGCUAUGAAAUUCCAGCAAGAUUACGGACCCUACAUAAUCUUGUUAUCCAGUAUGCUUCCCAAGGUAGAUAUGAGGUUGCUGUACCUCUCUGUAAACAAGCUCUUGAAGAUCUGGAGAAGACUUCGGGUCAUGACCAUCCUGAUGUUGCCACUAUGUUGAACAUACUUGCUUUGGUGUACAGAGACCAGAACAAAUACAAAGAUGCAGCAAAUCUCUUGAAUGAUGCCUUGGCCAUCCGUGAAAAGACUUUGGGCAAAGAUCAUCCAGCGGUGGCAGCAACUCUUAACAAUCUUGCAGUACUUUAUGGUAAACGGGGAAAGUACAAAGAAGCAGAACCGUUGUGUAAGCGAGCUCUGGAAAUCAGAGAAAAGGUCCUGGGGAAAGAUCACCCUGAUGUUGCCAAGCAAUUAAAUAACUUGGCUUUGCUAUGCCAGAACCAGGGUAAAUACGAGGAGGUUGAAUAUUACUAUCAGAGGGCACUUGAAAUCUACCAAACUAAGCUGGGACCAGAUGAUCCAAAUGUUGCAAAAACAAAGAACAAUCUGGCAUCCUGCUAUCUAAAACAGGGCAAGUUUAAGCAAGCGGAAACUUUAUACAAAGAGAUUCUUACUCGCGCUCAUGAACGGGAAUUUGGCUCUGUAGAUGAUGAAAAUAAGCCUAUCUGGAUGCAUGCAGAAGAGAGGGAAGAAUGCAAAGGAAAGCAAAAAGAUGGCACGUCUUUUGGAGAAUAUGGUGGCUGGUACAAAGCUUGCAAAGUUGACAGUCCAACAGUAACAACUACUUUAAAGAACCUUGGGGCACUUUACAGACGACAGGGCAAAUUUGAAGCUGCUGAAACAUUAGAAGAGGCAGCAAUGAGAUCUCGUAAACAGGGUCUUGACAAUGUUCACAAACAGAGAGUGGCCGAGGUGCUGAACGACCCUGAGAGCAUGGAGAAGCGGCGGAGCAGAGAGAGCCUCAACGUGGAUGUGGUAAAGUACGAGAGUGGCCCUGAUGGCGGCGAGGAAGUGAGUAUGAGCGUAGAGUGGAACGGGGCCUAGAUGCCUUUUGUGAUUCUUAUACUGUCUCCUGCAUGACGGGCGUGCACCAUCUUCAAGCUUUAACUUCUCUCUUCAGUACUGACUGCUGUGUUUUAGCAAACCCCUUAAGAUUCUUGUCAGAGCUACACUUCCCUCUAAACUGGCCAUUCCUUCAGUGCUGGUGUCGUUUUUGGUUUUCUAUUUCUGUACCUGUGUAGCUUUGCCAGAUAUGUAUCUAGUCAUACCAAAUGUUAUUACAACCAUUUGCUGUGUAAUACAUUAGUAAAAAAAAACCAAACAAGUAACAAUGACCUUUAUAAGUAGCUGUUCACUAUGGAAUAAAGGUAGUUAAAAGUAUCACACAAGGUAUUAUUGAAAUGGCAUGAUGGUGAUCUUUACAGGAGAAAAACCAAACCGUAAAAGUAAAGCAUGUUCUCCAAGUGCUUUAAAAUGUAUUUAGAGACCUAUUAUAUGGUUAACAUCAAUAUGGAACUCUGGAUGUCUUCACUUACAAUUAUUCUAAAGUAGCAUUGCUGUUUAGUCUUUGUGUGAGAUUUUGGCAAUUAUGCUUUUCUCUACUAAUCUUGGUGUUCAGUGAUUUGUGUAUUUGUCUUUCUAACUUCUAAUAAACUCACUCCAACUCAGGUGUCUGUCUUUGCUUAGUAGUGCUUUUUUCUUUUUCAACUCUUCUUUCAUAAUUACAUAGGUUUUCUGUGGAGUAGGAAGUGGUCACUUCUAAUCUUACUAAACUGUUGGGGUUUUGUAAGAGUAAAACAUUUAAAAAUAGAAUUGUGGUCACUCUUGAGAGUUUCUCUGGGUCAGCACAGCAGUGUAAAACUUGAAUGCAAUAUAUGAAAAAUCAAUUUCAUUGUGGUUUACAUUUUCUUUGGUAAAAGUUAAAAAAGAAGCACAGGACUUUGACCAUAAGUAUUUCUGAUUAGAAAUAUUUUUGUUUAGGGAUUUCAGAGUUAAUUAAAUAUGUUUGCAAGUAAUGUAGUUAUUUAUUAAGAACAAAACAUGGUUUUUUUCUUAGACUGAUGGAAUGCUUUUGCUUGGGGCUUGUACUCUGUUAACCACGGUGUGCUCAUAUGAAAUGGUGGUGGUGAAUUGUUGGACUACUGUGAUGGGUUUUUAUUAAUGAUGAAUUGUGGCUUGAGCAUGUCUUCACAUUUAGAAAUCUUUGUCACACUUUGGAAGGACCCCUUUUGCUUUGGUAAAGUUGUGGCUAUAUGGUAUUACACGUUUAGGUAAAUGUAUAUAGUAUGAGUAUAUAGUAAUAUCAAUUAAAAAGUAAUAAUUCAUCACUGAAAUGUUUUGCACCCAGGCUUGUGGGAGGGCAGCAGGCUCCUGCAGUU